GCAGCGUCAUCUCAGCUGAAACACCGUAUAUCUAGUGCACUGAUUACGGCUGCUUUUUCAAUCGAUUUUUUUUACCUUUUUCCUUUGGAGGGAUAUGUCUACUCUAAUAAGCUUUUUUAAAAACGGACGCGUGAUGCAUUUCAGUAUUUAUUUCAUUAUUUCAUUUUAACGUGAAACCAUUUGGUGAUGGGGAAGAGCAUGAAGUGAUAGUCAUUUGUUGGCUUUUGGGGGGAGUGUGGUGACCGAAAGCGGUUGUAUCGGCGUAGGCUAUAUCAUAGUGCUCCAAUCUUAAGUACAUUUUUUUGUGGUAGAGCCUUUGGUAAUCAGCAUAUGUUCUCUCCGUCUCUGGUAAGUGGGGGAGGCGGAGAGAGACGGGCUGUGGGAGAAGGCGGUUUAUUACCCGUGGAGCAAAACACAGUUUAUUUAGAGGGAUGAAUCGUAUGCAUUUUUUGCAAGUGGACUACAAAACUAAUUGUUGACUGCAGCAUUUGGGGUAUUUUCUCUGUGGCGAAUUAUACAGAAAACCAUCACUGCUGAGCAAGGCGCCCACCAGACCACUGCGAUUUCUGGGCAAAGAUAGACUGGCGUCGUCUUGCGGAUAGGCUUCUAUGGCAGCAUAUGGCAUCUUCUGAAGGGAAGAAUCCACGAAUCGUUUGCAUUUAAGAAUGUAUUUUUAGCUGAAUGCAGUGACGGGAUUUGAACCCAGCAUCAUUAGCCUACGCGGUUUCCGGUUCCUAGCUGGUGUUUCCCCAUUGCAAAAUUAUCGGAAAAAGCAGCGGAUCCCGAUGGCAUGGACACUUACGCAAGGUCUGCCGCGCUGCCGUGCUACUGGAGCCUAUUUGCUGUCUCUCCCUUCAACCCAGCUCCACCGCCAUCGCCCCGCAGCCCAGAGAGCCCUGCCGCAACGCGACCAGCGACCACCGAGCCAAAGCAGGCGGCAUGAGGCUUGAUUCAGUACAUUUAUCCAUGCUGGUCAUCGGGGUCUCUUUCGCCUGCUACUCCCCGAGUUUGAAUUCUCUGCAGGACCAGGCUUACAAUUCCGCCGUGGUGUUCGAGGGCAAGGUGCAGUCCGCGCCUCUGAACGACUCAGUCGAGGCGUACAGUGUGAAUGUCAAAGUGCUGGACUUGUGGCCGCGGAACAGCGGAGGUCUGGAACGGGAGCAGCUCGUCACCGUGGGGGAAUUCGGAUCGGAGGCUCUUUGCACCACAGUGAUAAAGAAUCACAAGUAUAUUUUUUUCAUGGACCCAACUGAUGAGCCUCUGGUUUUCAAGGCGUCGUAUGCUCCCAUAGACACUCGUGGGAAUAAUCUAAAAAAAGAUGUUGGAAGGAUCUUGUGUGAAAACUGCGCUAAUGCCCCAAAGUUGAAGCGGUUGAGGAACCUGAUGGUGGAAGAGGGGAGCAGGCUCACGGUCAAGUGUGAGGCUACAGGAAACCCCAGCCCUACCUACAAAUGGUUCAAAGAUGGCAGUGAGCUCAAGAAAAGCAGAGAGGUCAAAAUAAAGUCCAGCCAGAAGAAUUCCAGGGUCCAGAUCAGCAGAGCCAAGCUGGAGCAUUCUGGGAAUUACACGUGUGUGGCAGAGAACCUUCUGGGGAACUCCAACUCCACGAGCACUGUUCAUGUCCAAAGCAUAACUACCACACCGUCUCCAGGCUCGGGCCAUGCCAGAAGAUGCAAUGACUCAGAGAAGGCCUACUGCGUGAACGGCGGCGACUGUUACUUCAUACAUGGUAUCAAUCAGUUCUCCUGCAAGUGUCCGAAUGACUUUACUGGUGAUCGCUGUCAAAACUACGUCAUGGCCAGUUUCUACCAGCAUCUUGGGAUUGAAUUUAUGGAAGCUGAAGAGCUCUACCAGAAAAGAGUCCUGACAAUCACGGGGAUCUGCGUGGCUCUGCUGGUGGUGGGCAUUGUGUGUGUGGUGGCCUACUGCAAAACCAAGAGACAGAGGAAGAAGAUGCACAAUCACCUGCAGCAGAACAUGUGUGCAGAUCACCCAAACCGGAACCUAGCGAACGGACCCAAUCACCCAGGACCUGGCCCUGAGGAGAUACCCAUGGUAGAUUACAUCUCUAAGAAUGUGCCUGCAACGGAGCGAGUCAUAGGGCAUGUACCAGAGGACUCGUUCCCAGGCAGCCAUGCGUCUUCCAGAUCUCACAACUCCUCUACCCAUGCCCAUUCAUCCACUCACAGACACGAGGAGCGGACGUGGAGCCUGGAGCGGACUGACAGUGUCCUCUCAGACUCACCAGGCAUGAUGUCGUCCUCCGUGGGGACCAGUAGGUGCAACAGUCCUGCGUGCAUGGAGGCCAGGGCCAGGCGUGCCGCACACUGUGGCUCUACUGUGCCCCACCGGCCGGGCCUGCAGUACGAAGACUCGUUCGAUUCGCUGGGGGACUCUCCACACAGCGACAGGUAUGUGUCAGCCCUGACAACGCCGGCCCGCCUGUCUCCAGUGGACUUCUUUUACUCGCUGUCCCCGCAGGUGCCUUCCUUCCAGAUCACCUCCCCCAACACCAGCCAGGCCAUGUCCCUGCCACCCGCCGCCCACACCCCCUACCCCCCGGAGGAUGACCAGCCUCUGCUGCGGCGCUACCAGGUGCCCCUGCAUGACGUCCAGCGCCAGGAGCCCUACCGGCAGCAGCGCCGCACCUACCUGAACGACAGCACGGGCAGCCUGCCCUCUAGUCCCUACAGGCUGGCUGAGGAAGAAGACUACGAGACCACACAGGAGUACCUCUCCUCCCGUGAACAACCAAAGAAAAGUGGGACCGGCAGCGGUGGUGUUGGGGGUCGGCGCUUGCGGAGGUCCAGACAGAACGGCUACGUAGCGCCGAGAGGAUACGAGGCGUCACGGGACUACGGCUCUCGCAGCUGCCUGAUGGACAGCGAGUCGGAGGGGGAGGGUGAGAGCACGCCCUUCCUCAGUAUGCAGAAUAUGAAUGCGGAGCCCUCCACCAUCUGCAGGCCGGCCAACAGUAGGACUUCUCAGUCACACUCUUCGGGGCGGCACGGUGCACGUGGGACUGUACAGACCAGACAGACGCACUCACGGUCCAAACCGGACAAUGUACCGCAUUAAAGAAAGACGAUGAGCUACCAAUGAAAAUCAAUAUAGUAUAAACCUGCACCUAUACAAAAUAUUUUUAUUUUAUAUAACUGACAGAUAUUCUAAACAAAUGAAAUAUUUAUUUUCAUUUUUAGCAAAAGUUGUCUACUAGUUAACAGCAAAGACUUUUUUAUAGGGAAAACUCUAUUUAUAUGUACAUUUUGAUUUACAGUAUAAAAAGACGUGCCAAUUUUUUCACAACUUCAAAAAUGGAGUAAUAUUGUGGUGCCUUUUGCUGUACUCCGAUGGCAGAGGGCCAGUGGAAGUUUUUGUAGCCUUUCUUAUAUGGACAUCAUUUUUUAUACACCUUUCCUCUUUUGUUUUCUUUUUUGGGCUUUGUUUUUUCUUCUUUUCAGGCUGUUCUUCUGGGAGUCGAGCCCCAUUUGAACAUGACCCUUCCCCUUCCACAUCAUGCAAUAUAAACCACUUAAUCAUAAGGUGUAUGUUUACAUGAAUAUAAUUCACCUAUAGGGUUUAUCAUUUUGGGACUCUCCAGUAGAAAAUCUGAUCAAUGCAACGCAGGUCCUUGCUCUCUGAGUGGGGAGGAGUGUUUGUGUGUGCGUAAGUGCGUGUACUCACGUGUUUGUGUGCGUAUGUGUGUGUGUGUGUGGGGGGGGGGGGGAUUUUGUGUACAGCUAUGCUUGUGCGUGUGUGAGUGUUAAAAGUCCUAAUGUGUUGUUGUACCAACCAACUGGUUGCUAUCUUGGGCGCCAAAGCAAUUGUAUCAGUAGAGGAAAGCUGCAGGUGCACAGUGAAGAUCAGCCUUGGUUCCAGGGUUGCGCUGCUGUUGGGUACAGAGUUCUGUUGGGUACAGAGUUCUGUUGGGUACAGAGUUAUUUUGGGUAAGGAGUUAUGUUGGGUAGAGAGUUAUGUUGGGUAGAGAGUUAUGUUGGGUAGAGAGUUAUGUUGGGUAGAGAGUUCUGUUGGGUAGAGAGUUAUUUUGGGUAGAGAGUUAUGUUGCGUAGAGAGUUAUGUUGGGUAGAGAGUUAUGUUGGGUAGAGAGUUAUGUUGGGUACAGAGUUAUGUUGGGUAGAGAGUUCUGUUGGGUAGAGAGUUAUUUUGGGUAGAGAGUUAUGUUGCGUAGAGAGUUCUGUUGGGUAGAGAGUUCUGUUGGGGCUCCCGGGUGGCGCAGUGGUUAAGGGCGCUGUACUGCAGCGCCAGCUGUGCCAUCAGAGUCCCUGGGUUCGCGUCCAGGCUCUGUCGUAACCGGCCGCGACCGGGAGGUCCGUGGGGCGACGC